AUGACGCCUGGUAUUAUAGACGAUUCCCCGGUGGCCAAGACUACAUCCUUGCUUCAACUCACCGAGGACUGGGACGAUACUAUCCGAUUUUAUCUCAAUGGAUCUAAAGUGGCUGUCGAUGCCGUCAACCCUGAAGUCACCCUUUUAGAGUACCUGAGAGGCAUUGGCCUGACCGGAACUAAGCUUGGAUGCGCAGAGGGUGGGUGUGGGGCUUGCACAGUGGUUGUUUCGCACUUUAAUCCCACCACAAACAAAAUUUACCAUGCCUCGAUCAAUGCCUGUAUCGCUCCGUUGGUCAGUAUAGAUGGUAAACAUGUCAUCACGGUGGAGGGAAUCGGAAACGUCAAAGAUCCUCAUGCGAUCCAACAGCGGAUCGCAGUGGGUAAUGGUAGCCAAUGUGGUUUCUGUACUCCUGGAAUUGUCAUGAGCCUUUAUGCCCUGCUACGAAACGAUCCAAAUCCCUCUGAACAUGUGAUUGAAGAAUCCUUCGAUGGCAAUUUGUGCCGCUGUACUGGAUACAGACCUAUCCUUGAUGCCGCUCAGAGCUUCAACUCUCGGAACAAUUGUAAGAAUGCUACUGCUGAAGGUGGCUCUGGAUGCUGCAUGGAAAAGGUUGGUUCUGGAGGGUGCUGUAAGGGAUCUACAGGAAAAGGCGGGGAAGAAAUUGUCGAACAAAAAUUUCCAGCUCCCGACUUUAAGGCGUAUAGUCCAGACACGGAGUUAAUUUUCCCGGCUGCUUUGAGGAAACAUGCAUUCCGGCCACUCGCCUACGGCAACAAGAAGAAGAAGUGGUAUCGACCGGUGACAGUUGAGCAACUACUGCAGAUCAAGAGUAUCCACCCAGAGGCAAAGUUGAUUGGUGGAAGCACAGAAACACAGAUCGAGAUCAAGUUCAAAGCCUUACGAUACACUGCCUCUGUGUAUCUAGGCGAUAUCCCCGAACUGCGACAGUUCACCUUUCAUGAUGGGUAUCUGGAAAUUGGUGCCAAUAUCUCAUUGACGGACCUAGAGUCCAUUUGUGACCAAGCAGUGCAGCGAUAUGGACCUGCCCGUGGGCAACCCUUCAAGGCUAUCAAGAAGCAACUGAUGUACUUUGCUGGAAGGCAAAUUCGUAACGUUGCAUCUCCAGCUGGAAACUUGGCUACUGCUUCUCCAAUAUCAGACCUGAAUCCGGUGCUCGUCGCCACAAAUACUGUUCUAGUUGCCAAGUCCCUCGCAGGAGAUAAAGAAAUUCCAAUGACUGAAUUUUUCCAAGGCUACCGGAAAACAGCCUUGUCCCAAGAUGCCAUCAUCGCUAGUCUCCGCAUCCCAGUUGGUGCGGAAAAAGGCGAGUAUAUUCGGGCGUAUAAGCAGUCCAAGCGAAAGGAUGACGAUAUUGCCAUUGUUAACUCUGCACUCCGCGUCUCCCUGUCGGACUUGAAUGAGGUUACCAGCUGCAAUCUUGUAUUCGGCGGCAUGGCAGCAAUGACUGUCUCAGCAAAGAAUGCCGAGGCAGCUUUAGUUGGUCAGAAAUUCACAAAUCCCGCAACGCUGGAAAGUGUCAUGAGUGCUCUGGAAACGGAUUUUGAUCUUCCAUUUGGUGUCCCCGGAGGCAUGGCUACUUACCGGAAAUCUCUUGCCCUGGGAUUCUUCUAUCGAUUCUACCAUGAUAUCUUGUCAGGACUUGAGGUCAAUGCCUCAGAGCUGGACCCAGAUGUGGUUGCUGAAAUCGAAAGAGCCAUCUCCUCCGGAGAGCAGGACAAGGAAGCGUCCGUUGCAUAUCAACAAAAGAUUCUUGGUAAACCCAGUCCCCAUGUUUCAGCAUUGAAGCAGGCAACUGGCGAGGCUCAGUAUACAGAUGAUAUACCAGUGCAGCAAAAUGAGCUUUUCGCCUGUCUAGUCUUGUCUACCAAAGCACAUGCCAAAAUUCUCAGUGUCGAUAUCUCAGCGGCACUAGAUAUUCCAGGUGUUGUUGAUUAUGUCGAUCAUAAAGAUCUGCCCAACCCCAAAGCCAACUAUUGGGGCGCACCAAAUGCCGAUGAGCGAUUCUUCGCUGUUGACGAGGUCAACACCGCUGGACAACCAAUCGGUGCGAUACUUGCGAACAAUGCCAAGAUAGCCGAGGAGGGUAUGCGGGCCGUCAAGAUUGAGUAUGAGGAGCUUCCGGUCAUUUUGACUAUGGAAGAAGCAAUUGAGGCAGAAUCAUUCUUUGAACAGAAAAGAUUCAUCAAAUGUGGUGAUCUCGACGAAGGCUUUAAGCAGGCCGAUCACAUCAUUGAGGGUGAAACGCGAAUUGGUGGACAGGAGCAUUUCUACCUAGAGACAAAUGCCUGCCUCGCUAUUUGGAAGCCAGAAGACGGCGAGAUGGAAAUUUGGAGUGGCACGCAAAAUCCUACAGAGACUCAAUCUUACGUAGCCCAAGUCACUGGUGUCGCCGCCAACAAAAUUGUCUCUCGUGUCAAGCGACUCGGUGGUGGCUUUGGUGGUAAGGAAACACGUUCUGUCCAGCUGGCCGCAAUUUGCGCCACUGCUGCUACGAAGCUCAAGCGGCCGGUCCGCUGCAUGCUAAAUCGUGAUGAAGAUAUCAUUACCUCAGGCCAGCGCCAUCCUUUCAUGUGCCGAUGGAAGGUCGGAGUCACUAAGGAAGGAAAGCUGUUAGCACUUGAUGCCGAUAUUUAUGCUAAUGGCGGCCACACUCAAGACUUGUCUGGUGCCGUUGUGGAACGAAGCUUGUCGCAUGUCGACAAUGUCUACAAAAUUCCUAACGUUCACGUUCGUGGUACAAUUUGCAAGACAAAUACUGUUUCCAACACUGCUUUCCGCGGUUUUGGUGGACCCCAGGGGCUCUUCAUUGCCGAGUCAUACAUUGAAGAGAUUGCAGACCAUCUCAAAAUACCAUCUGAGAAGGUUCGUGAAAUCAACAUGUACCAGGCUGAUGAUAAGACACAUUUCAACCAAGUUCUGAAGGACUGGCAUGUGCCCUUGAUGUACAAGCAAGUGAUGGAGGAGAGUUCAUACAAUGAGCGACGGAAGGCAGUGGACGAAUAUAACGCGAAACACAAGUGGUCCAAGCGGGGAUUGGCAAUUGUGCCAACCAAGUUCGGUAUCUCAUUUACAGCCCUCUUUCUGAACCAAGCAGGAGCCUUGGUGCAUAUAUACCACGAUGGUAGUAUUCUUGUUGCUCAUGGCGGUGUUGAAAUGGGACAAGGAUUACACACAAAGAUGACGGCGAUUGCUGCCGAAGCCCUCCAAGUACCUCAAGAUAGCGUGUUCAUCUCCGAGACAGCCACCAACACCGUUCCAAACACAUCUUCAACCGCUGCCUCCGCCAGCUCUGAUCUAAAUGGCUAUGCCAUCUUCAACGCUUGCGAGCAACUCAACGAGCGUCUCCGCCCGUAUCGCGAGAAGAUGCCAGGAGCAACAAUGAAGGAACUGGCACACGCAGCCUACUUUGAAAGAGUCAAUCUUUCAGCACAGGGAUACUAUCGUACUCCAGACAUCGGCUACGUAUGGGGCGAGAACACAGGACAGAUGUUCUUCUACUUCACACAGGGAGUCACAGCCGCCGAAGUCCAGAUCGACACACUGACCGGAGACUGGACUCCUCUACGAGCCGACAUUAAGAUGGACGUCGGCCGCACCAUCAACCAAUCCAUUGACUACGGUCAGAUCGAGGGUGCCUAUGUACAAGGCCAAGGGCUCUUCACCACUGAAGAAAGCCUAUGGCACCGCGCCUCCGGCCAGAUAUUUACGCGCGGGCCCGGAAACUACAAGAUCCCGGGCUUUCGUGACAUCCCCCAGAUAUUCAACGUGAGUUUACUCAAAGAUGUUGAAUGGGAGAAUCUGCGAACCAUCCAGCGCUCGCGUGGUGUUGGUGAACCUCCGCUUUUCAUGGGAAGUGCCGUCUUCUUUGCUAUUCGUGAUGCGUUGAAGGCUGCGCGGAAGCAGUGGGGUGUUGAGGAUGUUUUGAGACUGGUUAGCCCUGCCACCCCAGAGCGCAUCAGGAUUAGCUGUGCUGAUCCCAUUGUUGAGCGGGCGAGGGUGCAUCCUAAAAAGGGGGAGAAGAGUUUCUUCGUUGAAAUUUAG